AUGCCAGACAAGCCCGAGCCGGAUGCCUCCAAUCUUGUGCAACCUUGUCCUGCCAUGCCAUUCCCCUCCUGCAAAUCCGAGUGCAUCACCGACGGACUGAACGUUCGCGAUGACGGUGUGAAACUAGACUCGGAAACAUGGAAUGACGGGGCCCAGACUACUGCCAUUGAACACCUGGUAGCACUCAAACAUGGGCUACGGGUAUCCGAUACAGAGCUGUUCUGGAAACGGCUGAUGGAAGAUGUCACGUCAAUAACAAAAGCUCAAUAUGGAUUCGUCGCCCGGAGAGUCCACGGUAGUGACCCCUUACCAGAGUUAGGUGGGCGGCGCCCGACGCUUUUUGGUCCCGUCUUCUACUACAACGAUGGCUAUGAAAAUAUUGGUCUGCAGCGAAACAGGUAUUUCGCGGGCGGGAAUCCCUUGUUGCACAUGGACCACGAAAGACCUUGUUUGAUCACCGAAAAUCUCAGCUCACUAGUAUCCUUUGGGGAUGACCAGUUGCCAUUCGGUGUCGAUGGAUAUCUAGCGAUCCCGUUAUUUUCCGCUGGGAAGUGCCUGGCGCACCUCGGAUUGAUGUGGUCGAAAGAUGGCCUCCGGCAGCGAAAUCUGUCCUGGUCUUUUAUAGAGAUGAUCCUUCACUCUCUCGAGGACCUCAUUGUUCAACGUCUGCAACAAGAAGAAAUAAACGCAGACGACUUGAUUUCUCCCACUACGAACGCCCCCAACCACCACAACCCUCACUUCGUCGCCCCCCACGGAUCCUCCGAUUUCAAUUCACAGCCCCUUAAGCCCUACGCACGAAGCUUGUCACACGAACUCAGAACUCCGAUGCAAGGCGUUGUGGGUAUGCUCGAUGUGAUGCAUGCUACUGUGCGCGAGGCAAUGGAGAGCAAGACACCCAUCAAAUCGGGUGGGAUCUUUCAAGCCCUCAAAGAAGGCAUCGAGAUGGUCCAAGAUAGUGCAAGACGUGCAGUCGAAGCGGCCGAUAAUGUCGUACACGCAUAUGAUCUUAACAUGCAGGUUCCCAAAACACCACUUCGGGAAGAAACCGAGAUUUUGGGCCAUCCUGCUAUUCCCCCUGAGAUCCCCGAAGAACAUGUGCCCGAGACCCAGGACUCCGAAACCCGCCCCAGCAUCUUCAUUGAAGGAAACAACAUUGCUGUGAACCCCUACAAACGGCGACGAAGCUUGCCAUUGGAAACGAACCCCCGGCCAGUACGCAAACAGAGGCUUCGCGCCGCUACAUCCCGACAGGAGCUUUCUCCCCGCAGCGAAGAGGUCAAAAACGCUGUGCAUGAAAGCGAUCAGAUCGUACAUGCUAUCCCCGCCCGCCAAAUCGAAGCCGUUAUGGCCAACAUGGUCGAUCCCCGCCCUUCGCUUGCCGUACGGCGAUCUGCACCCCACCUACUCCUGGAGGGUAUCAACGUAAACCUACGAGGCUCUGCUUUACGCUUUACCAAAUUGAGGGAUCUUCUUCGUCUGGUAAUUAACGAGUCUCUUCACGUUGGUGGUCGACCCGAUUCUGCUGUAAGCAACGCAACCGAUUGCGGCGAGCGAAUUGAAAUUCGGUCACGAUCUUCCAAUGGCGAGUUGCGCACCAAGGUUGUAGACUGGUCUGUGGACCCCGCAUUGCCUGACACGCUUCUUGCCGAUGACCGUGAUCUGGCCAAAUUGAUCUCUUGUGUCUUUCUCAACGCAAUCAAAUUCACCAACAACGGCACUAUCACCCUUUCAGCGACUUUCGACUCCAAGAAAAACGACGUCUUGAUCCUUGUACGCGAUACCGGUCCAGGAAUUCCCGCUGCGUUUCUGCCCAAUCUGUUCAAGCCAUUUGCCCGCGAGGAUGCUUCAACCACCCGAAGCAAAGACGGUCUUGGUCUUGGCCUUCUUGUCGCCAAGGGGUUAUCUCGGAAAAUGGGUGGUGAUUUGACAUGUGUCCGUUCAUCCACAUCGGGCCCUGAGCGAGGUACAGAAUUCAGAAUUCGGAUCCCGGUCAAUCAACGUGAGACCGAACCCCGCCCCGCAACGCCCGGUGAGGUCAUUUACGACCAAACACGGAGUAGCAGUGCUAGCAGCAAUCUAUGCGACCCUGCUUCUAACAACUCUCCCUUCAUACUGCCUCAAACCGUUCAGUUGCAGCAGCCAACCCCCAGUGCCAGCGAAGAAAACAUGUCUCAAAGUCCAACACCCAAAAGACCAUUACCACAAACACGUAUACAUCGAUCCAAUAUCUCCGGGGAGGCAUAUGACAAGAAACUCGGGGAGAAAUACCCCCUGCGCUUUCUUGUCGCUGAAGACAAUAGGAUCAACCGACGCGUUCUGGUCAACAUGUUGCGGAAACUCGGCUAUCGAGAUGUGCUUGAAGCAGCUGAUGGCAGAGAAGCUGUCCAAAUCGUGCAAGGCAUUCUGAAUGCCUCAAAGAGGUCUGCUAUGGAUGUAGAUUCCGACUCUGACCCUUCGAGUGCCAUGCAAGGCGUCAUCAACGAGUCACCCCCACCACCGAAAAUGAAAUCGAUCGAUGUAGUCCUGAUGGACCUUUGGAUGCCUGAAAUGGAUGGCUAUGAAGCCACCUCGCGAAUCCUGCAAAUGGUCGACGACCAUCGUGACGAAUACGCCGCCUUCGAUCAACAAACCCGCAAUAGCCCCGACUCCAUGGAAAUGGAUCCAGCCCCAACCCCUUCAUGCGCACCACCACCAACUGUCCUUGCCGUCAGCGCAGAUGUCACCGACGAGGCGCUGAACCGUGCUUCAAGGGUAGGGAUCAAAGGCUACAUGACCAAACCAUACAAACUCUCCGAUCUCGAACGAUUGAUUCUCGAAUUUUGUGGCGGUGCUGGCCCAAAUGUCUCUUGA